AACAAACGUUUUUCCUCAGUGGUGCUGGUAUUAUUGAGAAUUUGCACUAUAAGCAAAUUUAUGAUCGAAGAGAGUGCGAGAAGAACGUGCUGGAACGUGUAAAGGCAAAGAUGGAAUUAAUAAGAGCUAGCAACAGAGAAAAUUACAAAAAGGCAAAUGCAACUAGACAGCAUUCGGAAUUCGAUUCGAGUGAGCAUAUAAGUUCGCAGGACGAAAAUAUUAGCAUAUCAUCUCAAAAGCCAAUAAAAACUAUGAAAUCAAAAUCUAUAAGCUUAACACACCCAUCACCACCGAAAAGGCGAGACUUACGUCUGCACCCGCAUGCUGUGCGUACAGGAGACUACUAUAUGUUUGAGGAAUAUAAUGAUAUUGAUGAACCUAUUUUGUAUGAAGAGCAUGACUUUCUGGAAAAAGAGGAUACACGUCAAAUGCUUAUUUAUUCUAAAAAAAAAUUGGAUCACGGAACGUCACGGAACGGCAGUAGCGUGACGUUUCGGUUAAACCGGCUAUCCCGUAACUAUCGUUUUGUGCACAAGGUACUCUCGGCAGAGAAAAAGACGUUACAAGACAUUAGUACAAUGAAUCGGCUUGGACUAGUCAAUACUGCAGCGAUGUUCAGCUUUUUAAAUCAAUCCCUUUACGACAAACAGUUGGAUGCCAUUAAUCCUCCACCAAAAGAAUCGACGCCUGAUUUGAUAUCAAAGAGCGAGGACUUUACGACACUUAACCAUAAUAAUUUUGUACAAAUGUUAAUUUCUUUGUGGUAUGCCAUUAUUGCCAAUACGGAAGUGGUCAGCUAUUUGGCUGUAUUCGUCAACCAGGCUGCAAAUUCUUCAAUAAUUUCGUUGCCAAUGCCUUUUCUGGUCCUUUACUGGGGUGCCCUUACAUUACCGCGUCCAACAAAGAAUUUCUGGGUUACGCUUAUCACAUACACGUUGGCAAUGAUUUUUUUGAAGUGCAUAAUGCAUCAAAAAAUCGUUCUUGACCCCAAGCUUAUAAAACUGGCCAAGACAACAGAUUUUGAGCUAUUUACAAAGCAUGGCAAAGCGGUAUAUGAUCUGUUGCUCUUGGUUGUAUUAUUCUGGCACCGCUAUAUGCUGAAAAAGCAAGGAAUUUGGAAUAUACCAAGAUCAGAAACGGACCCGGUAAAACUAAACCAAACCAAUAGCAAAACUUUUAGCAAAGAACGACCAACAGAUAUUUUAAAGCGACUCAGGGAAGAGUCAGGAAGUGAACCUAAAGAAUCUACUGCCUAUCGUUCUAAUACAAGUGAAUUGGAACGGGAUAUUGAUGACUUGUUACGACCGGGAAUGGAAAAUAAAUAUGUUUAUCAUAACAUCGAAUCAGAGAACUAUCGCUUUGCCAUGAAUAGUUUAGAACACAAAGGUGGACCUUCAUCUGCAAUAAAUAAAUUUUUUCUUGCUCUACUUCACAAGGCACGUUUAUCUACCGAUGUAUAUACGUUACUGUUCUUAUGUGACUUUAUAAAUUUCUUUGUCUUGUUAUUUGGAUUCCCAAAGUUUGUG